AAUAAAUCAAUAAACUUAAGUCAUAUGGAGUUUAUAAGAUUAUUAAAAGUGUUUUAAAACCAAAUCGUUACUGUCAAUAAUGUCGAUGAAUUAUGCUUUUGGAUUCUCAUUAUUCCUGCUUGUUCUCGUAGCACUUAAUAUAUUUUUUUUUUACACUCUUAACACGGUUGGCUUGAAAUCUCAUACAUUUAACGUACCAAGCAUAAACAUAGACCUAACUCCGAGUGUGUUCAAAGAGAUUUAUGACUAUCUCAAUUAUUUGCCUAAUCAAUAUAAAAGCAUAAAUUCCAAGUUUGCAUUAAAACAAAAAAAUCUCAUAUCAUCAUUUAACACCACUAAAAAUGACAAAACUGAAUCAAUAUGGAGUGAGACUCAAAAUUGGAUUAGUGAAGAUUCAUUAUUUCCUCAUGAAAAUGGAGCUGCUGGUAAAAUAUUACAUGCAAUACAAACCACACAGAUAGCUUUAGUUGAUAAUGCUCCAAAAGGAACACAGCUUAAACUAUUACUUUUACUCGAGGGAAAACAGAAAAUAUUUUUCAAGCCUAAACGGUACAAUUUAAAUCAUGUGGUUAAUGGUAACAUUUAUGCUGGUUUUGACCGACACAACUCUGAAGUAUUUGCAUAUUACCUAGCAAUGGUUUUAAACUUUAAAUGGAUUGCCCCCUCUAUAAUUCGACGUAUACACCUCCAUAAAGAUAUAGUACCCUUUGCAACUAUGGGAUUGAAAAAAACUAUGAUAAAAAAUGAUAGUGGAUCAUUAUGUAUAUAUGGUAAAUGUUUUUACUGUAGAAAAAAUGAAACUGUUUGUCCUGACCAAAAUGGAGAAAUUGAAGGUGCAGCAAUUUUAUAUUUAGACAAACAAUUUAAAAUUCAUAAGUCACCCUGGAGACGGUCUUAUAGUAAUAGAAAAAUGGAAUGGGAAAUUGAUAAUGCCUUUUGUAAGAAGGUGAAGGGAUCGAUGAGUACAAAACUAUUGCUUAAUUUAAUAGAUGUUGCCAUAUUUGAUUUCUUAAUACAAAAUGGAGAUAGACAUCGUUUUGAGGUGUACAAAGAUCAAAUAAUUCUAUUAGAUAAUGGUAAAGGCUUAGGCAAUCCGGCAGUAGAUGAGUUGGAUAUUUUAGCACCUCUUUACCAAUGUUGUAUGAUUUCACCAUCUACUUGGCAAAAAUUAGAAAUGGUUUCUGGUGGUUCUUUGACUAAUACGAUCAAGCAAUUAGCUGCUCUUCAAGGUCAAAAGUUAGCUACAGAAGAACAUUUUAAAGCUGUUGAGCGAAGAUUGCUUAAAGUUUAUGCUACUGUACAAUACUGUAUUGGCAAAUACAGCAGGGCCAAGGUUCUGAAAAACUGGCUGGCAUAGAUUUCUUUUUGCAGAUUGUUAUCUUGGUCACUCAAAUUUAAGUGCCAUAUCCAAAAUAUUUUACUAGAGUACUGAAAAAAACAAACACAUGUACAAAGUUAUAAUUGUUUUUUUCAAAUAAUUUUGUAUGACAAGUUAAAUAAAUAAAUUGUUUAUAUUAAACAACAUUUA